AAGCUCACAGGUGUAAUCAGUGUGUGUUUCUGUGACCGAGGAGCUUUAGUGGGUGGAGCCAGAAACUACAAUGAGUUGUUUGUGUCUGAGGAACUCAAAGCAAGUUUUAAUGAACUCCUCUCCUUAAUCAGUCUCAUCUUUACUCCAGCCUUGCUCAGAAAUCAUUCGCCUUCCUUUCAAGAUGCCAGUUUUCUACAGAUGGAUCUUUGUGGCUGUUACUGCAGCAGUUGUCUCUAUUCUGGAUGAGGUGGAUGGUUCGAGUGAUCUGCAUAUUUUCCACGUGCAGUGUGAAUGCAUCUAUCAUGAUAAUAAACCAGCCAAUUUUUCUUGGCAAGAUGGUUAUGAUGGCAUUACGAUUUUGUACUACGAUUUCACUAAUAAAACAUUUGUUGCGGUUCAGUCUAUUGCACAAACUGAGGUGGAUAGGCGGAAUUCAAACACGGAUUAUGUUGCAUCAGUUCCACGCCGUAUCCACAGUUUCUGUAACAAGAUUAAACAAACAGCUAUAACAAGCAACCUCACCAUGGAAAAAAUGGCUCCUACAUCCAGCAGAGUCUUCCUUCAGGAAAAAGCUGGCCAGAGGGAUUUGGUGUGUUUGGUGAAGAACUUUUUCCCGAGGAACAUUAAAGUGAGCUGGCUGAGAAAUGGAGUGGCCAUUGUCAACGGACAAGAGACAACAAAUAUUGCACCUCAGGAUGACAGCACCUUUCAGGCAAGAAGUAUCCUCACACUGAAUGAAGGUGUGGGUGGUUCAUACUUUUGCCAAGUGGAACAUGAGGCCCUCACCAGAAAACUCCUAGUACCACUUGAACAUGACAGGAUCACAAAAAAUGAAGCUUUGAUCAUUGUUGGAGCCGUGCUGGGAAUACUGGGAAUCAGCUUUGCUGUGAUGACUGGAAUUCUGUACUGCACCUUAUAUCGUGCUGACCAGUUCAAUGUUCACCUGACAGCAAAGUUCACUAACCGGGCAGGACCAUGUCAGAUGAAUCCGUGCAAUUCCAGUAUGCGGUCCAGUAGUUCGAACACCUCUAACUCCUCCAACACGAGCUGCUGUUCAGAUGACGAUUUGACUAAAUCCCGUGCAUAAGAAUGCAAAGUCAGAUAUGAAAGAUCCUGGGAAAAUUUGAAGAAUUUUAAUUCCACGUUUCUAUCUGUAUUCACUGCAGUUUUCUGAUCAAACUUUAUGUUGUCAUUGUCAUUCAGUCUCUCAGUGUCCUGUUUGUGUGUGAGCUUUCAUUGGGAUUUGGCAUCCCUGUGUGUGCUGGAAACUGUCAAUAGAUUUACUGAUCACUCUCACCUUUUCCCCAGAACAUGUUCAGUAAAUAAUGGGGUCUGUUUAUUUGAUGCAUUAAAAUACAUUGGAAUGAAA